AGUACCAAUGACCACAUUAUAGCAUAGCGGUCAUACUCAGAUCUCCGUCCUCCACUUUGCUCUCCCUCUUCCCUCCAGCUGUUGAGAGAAAAUGGGAAGAGCCCCGUGCUGUGCGAAGGUGGGGCUGAAGAAGGGGAGGUGGUCAGCAGAGGAGGAUGAGAUCCUAGUGAAGUACAUUGCUGCAAACGGAGAAGGAUCCUGGAGAUCACUGCCCAAGAAUGCAGGUCUGUUGAGGUGUGGGAAGAGCUGCAGGCUCAGGUGGAUAAACUACCUCAGAUCUGGCCUAAAGAGAGGCAACUUUACCAAAGAGGAGGAGGAGAUCAUCGUCAAGCUGCACGCCACUCUUGGAAACAGGUGGUCCCUUAUAGCAGGCCAUCUCCCGGCAAGAACAGACAACGAGAUCAAGAACUACUGGAACUCCCAUCUCAGCAAAAAACUCCAGAGCUUUCAGCAGAACGGACUCGACGUCGGGGGGACCGCCGUCGUGGACCUCAGCAAGCUCCCCGGCGGGGUUAGGCGACGUGGUGGCCGAACGAGCCGGUUGAGGACGACGACGGAGAGGAACACCAAGAACGGAACAACAAGGAGGGAGAAACAAGGCAUGGUGGUUGUCAGUCCCCCAGCUUCAUUAGCACAAAGUGAGGAGGGCCACAGCGUAGUCUUGCAUGCUGACCAGAGCCAAGCUAGUAGUGCCUGCACCUUUGAUGGGAACACCAAUGAAGGGGUGAUGGAUCGCAAUGAAGAGAUGGUCAGUGAGCUUUUGUGUGCAAGCGCAAUGGACAGCGUACUUGUUGAUCCAAGCGAGGAGACCAUGGCCGGGUGGGGAUCCCAUGAUGGAGAUAGUGGGGUCAUCGGGGGCACAACUGUGGAGGAAUUAGUGCCAUCUCAAAUGGACAAGUUCUUGGACUGGGACAUGGAGAUCAUGGAGGCCAAGUUGUGGGACGAGGCAGGAGACAUAUGGCCGUGGAUGUGGGACAGUGAGAGUAGGGAGUGGGGGUUCCAUGGCGUGGAUGACAGUGGAUCCCAAGAAGAGUCACUGGAUAGCUGGCUCACCUGAUGGAUUUGGUGACAGUGCGUUGUUCUGCUCUUGGUGGUAGCAAGUGCCAAUCGAGUGGCUGUAACUGUAAAGACAUCAGACGUUAUAGUCGUUGUAGUAUGUAGGUAGUACCAUGCAUCAUCAAUCAUGUAUGUGUUGUAACAAGUAAACGGGAUAUUUGUGGUUUGUGCU